GCUUCCCAGCCUGCUUCCAUCGACAUCGCGCUAUUGGACGCUUGGGAGAGCGGCGGCAGCAAUUUUGCCGCCAUCCGCUCCGACUCGACCGAUUGCAGAGCCAGUUCCACUGAUCGUGAGGCAUAUUGAGGAUCCCUCGGCCAAGAUCCUGCAGACGCCUAUAGGAGAUGGGCUCUUGAACUCAAUAUCUCCUGUGGGCGAUGCCUUAGUGCCAUUGUGCCCUCUCCAAUGCGCUCGGCCACCACACAAGCACCGGAAGACUCAGGGCUUGGAGGAGAGGUGGUGGCUGGAGUACGACCCGCCCAAAGCAAACUACAAGAGUGGUUUCGGUCGAGGUCCGUUUGGUGGCAACAGUAUUCCGAAGCAGAACUGGCCACGACAGAUGGUGCCCAUCGAGCUUAAAAAGAAGUGGGAGAAGCGUGAAAGAUUGCGCUAUGCUUUUCGCAAGCACGGCUUCGAACUGGAUGUUCCCAAGCUGGGGGGCUGA